AUGCAGAGAACACCUCGCCCGGUACGCAAGGCGCAGCGGUCCCAGCAGCGCUCGCUGCAGCCCCCGAUCGGGCGCAGCCUGCAAUGUGCAGGCCCAGAGGCGCGCCUAUUGAGAUGGCUUUUCCUAAUAUCGAACCUCAAUUCCCCUUGCUCCAACUUGAGCCCGUUGCCCAGCUCUGCAAGCAGGAUUGCUGCCCAAAGCCCUGCCCUCUGCUGCUGGCUGCUUGUGGGAUGCUGUUCUUCCCUCUCCGUCUCGGUGCCCCACAGGUGGGUGGCACGUGCCCGUCUUUGUCACAGCGAUGUUACCUCUUUUUCAGCAUCUCCUUCUCUCUCCUCUGGACUAGAAGAUGGGCACAGUGUCACGGCGCCCUCGGCCCUGCCCAGCACUGUGCCGAGCUCGGUUCAUCCCAACGAGACGGGGGGCUUCAGCGCGAAGGCGACGGCCCCUCCUGUGACGGGCAGAGACCGGGACGCGGCCACCGCACAACUCGGCACGACCGGCCUCCGCACGCUUGGACCGGAGGAGCCGUCUCUGCCCCCCAGCCUGCGGGCAGCCACCGAGGCAGAGGGGCUGCAGACUCCUGUCGCGACCAGCGCCCCAGAUGCCACAACAGGGCUUGGCAAUGAGAGCCAGGCAGCCAACAGCAGCUCGGACGUCCCCUCUCCUCCUCCGACCGCCAACACGACGGAGCUCAGCCAGCCGGGCCAUGAAGGGGCAGAGCCCACCGGCACCCCCGGCCAGCUCAGCGCCAGGACGGAGGCUCCAACGCCCUCGACCCCCCAGGACUCGCCAGCCACGCAAGGCCGUGCCCAGCCGCCCUCGGGGUUCAGCACCUUGGGACCCACGACGGGCAGACUCGACCCCGUGCCCGGGACAGCCCACGAGGGUGCCACUAAAGAGAGCAACACAGAGCCUGCCACCAUCCCUGCCACAGAGGCUGGGCUGGCCACCACUGCCUCCAGCACCACCACGGGCACCUCCGUAGCUGCCUCCACCACCACCACCGUCAUCGCUAUCGGUACCACCAUCGGGACACCCCCAGCGGCUGUGACACGGCAAGCAGUGGACCCCGUGCACGAGAAAGCGCCAGUGCUAGACGUGGGGGAUGAGGAGGAUCAAGAGCUGCCCAGCUCGCCCGUCGCGGGGGCGGCGGGGGCCGACCCCCUGGUCAUCGCUGUCAUCUCCGUCUUCAUCAUCAUGGUGGGUGUCCUGGGCCUGGUGGGCUUCCUGAAGUACCGACAGCACAGCAGCCGCAUGGAGUUUCGGCGCCUGCAGGACCUGCCCAUGGAUGACAUGAUGGAGGAUACGCCGCUCUCGCUCUACAGCUACUAGGCCACCAGAAGAUGACCCUCCACCCGGCGUUGGAGAGGCUGGAGUGCCCUCAGGAGCAGGCCCUGGAGGACGGGGGCCGAUUUUUGCACAGGGACAGAA